AAACAGGGGUUGUUGUUUCCCGACAGAUUAUUGAUUUUUUCACACAAACUACAGCAGUAGAUUUGGUGCCAAACACAAGGUAUAAUGCAUUGUUUGAGAGGGUGCUUGGCGGUGUUGUGAUUGGAACAGACAAUUACACACAGACUGUUGCAACAGUUCCAGGAAUAGUCACUGGGUUAAAAGUGGAUAGGACCUCUACCAACGAGAUCCAAUUAAGUUGGGACCCGUAUACAACUGGGGAUAGCAUUCUUUAUUUUUAUAAAAUAAGGAUUAUGCCCCUUCGUAGAAAUAUGUUUAUCCGCUUUAAUCGACAUACCACCAGAGUUCCAAGGCUGCAAGCCAACACUAAAUAUAUAUUUACAAUUCUUGCAAGGGAUCUUGUUCAAGAGGGCAUCGUGUCAUAUCGUGUGGCAGGCGUUACUGAUGCACCUGCUCCUACAAACGUCCUAUUCCAAUCCACAUCAACAUCAUUGACUGUAACAUGGAGCCUCCCUCAUAUGGGCAGUGCGAGAAUCUUUGAAACAUUUAGAAUUGAAUUAACUCCAAUGGAAGGAGUAAUAAAUAUGGUGGCAGGUCAAAAAACAGCUCAAAUAACAAACCUACGACCAAACCAAGAAUACUCAGUUGUGGUUAAGGCGUUCUACAGUGACCAUACUGUUGUCUCAUCUACACCAAUAAUUGCCACCACAUAUGGAACCUACGCUCCACCAACCAACAUUGUCCUUUCCAACCCAACAGUGACAACCCUGGAUGCCUCCUGGACAGGGUCCACACAAAAUGUAGUUUACUAUUUACAAGUUCAGCCAUCCAACCAGAGUAUAGUGGUAGAUGGUACUUCUACAACUAUAACUGGUUUAUCACAAAAUACUAUGUAUUACUUGACAAUCGCAGCCGAUGUUGCUGCUUCACAAAAUACAAAAGUUUAUUCUGAGGCUGUUAUACUCGCCACACUUCCUGGGCCUCCACUUGCACCAACAUUAGUGAAUGUUACUCACUCUACAAUCACAGUGACAGCAGCUUGUACUUGUAGUGCACAGUCUCCUAGUGGAUAUCAAUUAAUAUGGAAUGAUGGAACAAGUAAUUCAACGAAUCCAACUUCUCCUCUUACUGCUACUGGCUUAUCAGAAAACACAAACGUUUCAUUGACUGUUGGCGGAAUAUAUGGUAGUCUAAGGACUUCUCCGUCGCCAGCGUCAUGGUUUGUAACAGGUCCUGACAAGAUGGCUCCGCCUCAACUUGAAAUGGCAAAGACCACCAGCUUACUUUUAUCAUGGAGUCAACCAACUGGAGAUGUUAUGAACUUUACAUACCAACUUGAAUAUAAAGCAUUUGGAAAUUCACCACAAACUAUUGACAAUCUUAAAACCAAUUCCACACAACUAACUGGGUUAACACCAAACACUGAAUACGAAGUGACUAUAAAAGUAUCUACUCCCUAUGGUACAAGUGCUAAAUCCAAUCCUGCUGUUAAUACAGUAACAUCUUCCCUGCCACCCAACAUAACUUUGACAGCAUUAAACGAUACUUCAGUGAGGGUAACAUGGACUCCUUAUGUUGGGGGCAAUGCAUCAACAGUGAGCCAAGUUCAGGUGACAUCUUCUCCUGCAGCAUUUUCUUACAUAGCUACACCCAUUGAAAGUACUGUGGUUGUUCGAAAUUUAACUGGGAACACAGCGUAUGUGCUUACUGUAACUGUAAUCUACAACAACGGUCAAAGGAGUACUGCAAUGAAAAAUCUCACAACAUUAUCUGGACCAGUUACCAACAUUAUGGCGCAUAUGGGAAGAUCUGUUGCUAACCUGACGUGGACAGCUCCUUCUGGUAACAUCAGCCAGUAUAGAAUCAUGUAUGGUGAAAAUACCACAGUAGUACCUGCUACACAAAGUGGUGCUCUUAUCAGUUCACUUAUACCAAAUACACUGUAUACCUUCCAUAUAAUUCCCGAGACAGCAGUAGGUUCGGGAGCCAAUGCAUCUAUCACAACAGCCACAAAUACUGCUGGAGUGCGCGAUUUGACGUACACAUCAGCUGGACAAGGCAUGGUAACUCUAUUAUGGUUGCCACCCUUGGGUGGAAACAAUUUGGCUCUAACUGGUUAUUCAGUAUUGUACCCCAAUGGUAUGGCUUCACUAUCUUCUUUCUCGACCAAAUUCGAUGUAACAGGAUUAGAAGAGGGUGUGUGGCAUACAGCUACUAUUGUUGCAAAUUACGCUGCAUUACCAAGUAGAGAAAUUACAUUGUCAUUUGCAUUAGCUCCCUCCAACGUUACAAUUCAUGUGUUAGACAUAACUUCGGAAACAGCAACACUUCAACUGAAUCCUUCCAAAGCUGUUACUGCAACUACAUACAUUAUUAGAGAUUUGAUAUCUGGAUCAACAUUCAACCAAACUUUACUGUAUUUUACUGUUGGUCCGCUUGUUUCCAAUAAUGUGUACAAUUUUACUGCAACACCAGUGUUAAUAUUAAGCAAUGGCGAAGAAAUUGUUGGAAGUGAAUCUGCACCACUAUCUGUUAUAACAGAACCUGAAGCUCCAAGAUCCUUGGCUACGAGCGCUCCAACAGAUGGCAUAGCAAUUUUUUCUUGGGGUGAUGCAGAUAUUGGUGGAGGGUAUUUAACAUUCUCACAUUAUCACAUUUUACGUCAUGAUAAUGGAGUCGGAACAAAUUCUAAUUCUUUAAACAUGAGAGUGAUGGCCGCAGGCAAUACUGAAAUUAAAGUUACUAUUUACAAUGUGUUUAAUGGUGGAAAAAACACUUCUGCACCCUUCAGUUUACUCACGCGACCUACCCUUCGGUAUAGACCAAAUGUUACUACUUCUACUGAUACUGCUUAUCUCAGCUGGUCUGCAUAUACUGAAGGAAACUUUGCUUUUUAUGGUUAUAUUGUUUCAUAUACGGUGGGACCCUCACAACCAGUCACACAGUACUUGGAACCUAACACAACUCAGUAUACAUUUACAGGACUGGAAUCAAAUACAGAAUACAUUUUUAGUAUUUCGAUUCAACAAAAAAUUGGCAACCCUGUUUUUGCUUUAGGAUCAACUGUAAUAAGUACAUAUCCUAAAGCUCCUGAAAACGUGACCCAGGAGGUCACCCAGGCAACGGCUAUAGUGGCCCAAUGGUCUUUAAAUUUAGGGGGCCGAUUUCGGAACUUUCUGAAAUAUGACUUUUUUUAUGAACCAAAUGGGCAUUCAUCAACCACUGGAACUACUCCAAGGACUACAAUGCAAAACCUUAUUCCCAGUCACCUAUAUAAUGUGACAGUAACAGCGGUAUAUUUUGAGGGUCCAAACAUUUCUACAACUGCCGAAUUUUGGACAAGUCCUACAGCACAAGUGGUCACUGCAUCCAGUAAUUCCUCUGGUGUUUAUGCAUCCUGGGUUCCCUUUGUGGCUUCAGGACCUGUAGAUUAUUACACCAUUAUUGUGACAGGUUUACCUGAAAUGCAAGUGGCUGCACCAACCACAUCUGUACAUGUUAUUCCACAACCAAACACACCUGUCUCAGUUCAAGUUUUUGCUCAUGCCAACAGAGGCGGAGUAUUACGUAGUUCAUCAUCUACUACAGCAGAUAUGGUUAAUACAGAGCCUGCUCCUACUGGAAAACCAAACCAUGGAAACUCAACAGCUACAACAAUACUUGUAGUUUGGCCUGAACCAUCAUUGGGAGGUAAUCUAUAUUCCAUUGAUUCUUAUGCUAUAUCAGUGAAUGGCGUGUCGGGCUCGAACACAGCAUACAGUAUAAAUCAACAUGAGAUAACUGGUUUGGUUCCCAACACACUUUAUAAUGUCUCUGUCAUUCUUUCAUACAAUGGGGGGCAGUUCUCAAAAACAUCGGAAUUUUCAGUUUUUGGCACAGCACCAGGAGCUGUCCAACAAGUUAAUACGACUAACCAGACUGCAUCUAGUAUAACUAUAUCCUGGUCACCAGUUGAACGUGCAGAUAUUAUUCACACUUCGUAUGAAAUCCUUAUAAACAACAGAACUAUAAAUACCAAUUUAACGACUGCAACAAUUGAUGGGUUAGAUGCAAAUACUCUACAUUCGUUCAACAUUACAGCUUAUAACACAUAUGGGAGAGGACAAACUAUUCCUAAACAAGCAAGAACAGCUUUUGGACAAUCUCCUGUCCCCAGUGCAAUGAGUGCAACCAGUUCCUCUAUCACACUUGGUAUAAAUCCUGGGGCCAACUUCCAGAAUGUUACAAUGAUGAGGUUAAUGUGGUCACCAGUUGAUGUAGGAAUGCCCAACUCAAUGGAUCUUCCAGGAAAUACAAGCUCAGUUACAAUACCUGGAUUAUUACCUGAACAAACUUACUUUUUUGAGCUGAGAUUAGAAAAUGCACUUGGUGUGGGUCAAUUUAGUGAAGUAUUCAGUACACAAACUGCUCCAGCUCAACUAAAAACACCAGCUAAGUCCACGGUGGAUGAACCUACCGCCACUUCAGUCACACUUGAGUGGCUGGGACCAGAGACCAUUGGUGGACUUUCAUACACACAUUAUAUCAUUGAAUAUACUGCUAUGAAUGCAAGUACACCAGGCCGUAGAAAAAGGGCAACUACAACAGUUCCAGCUAGUGCGCUAACAAUAACAGUUACUGGUCUUGAACCGAACACACUGUAUUGUUUGACCAUCGCAGCUGUCUCUGCGGCUGGAAUUGGAAACGCAUCAGAUCCAAUUUGUGUUUCAACCGCCCCACAUGCCCCUGAGAACAUAGUGCUAUCAAUGGUGUCAGCAACAACCACCACAAUAAGCCUCAUGUGGUCACCUCCCCAGCCAGGUGGUGGUCUGAACAUUACAGGAUACCGCGUCAUCUAUAAAUCUGAUUUUGGCAAUGGGAUCAAAAAUGUCGGCACCUCACUUUCAACUACUCUUGAAAACCUUACCCCUGCUGUGUAUUAUUUAAUCUUUGUGCAAGCAAUGAAUGUACAAGGUUAUGGGAAUAUAUCAAACCCACUCAACACAACUACAGCUUCAGACAUUGAGUGUUCAAUCCGCCCUAAUAUUCUCAUAAGUGGAACAGACUACGAAAGAUUAAACCUUGGACCAAACGACAACAUAGUUGUGAGCUCAACUUACGUGGAUUCCUUUUCACAAGUUGCAACAGAAUGUAAACCUCAACAACUUAACCCAAGCAGAACAUCCAUUUCAUUCAACUUUCAAAGCUGCAACCCAAUUGUUGAGGCCCAAGGCAUAAGAUACCAAUACAACUAUACAGUAAAAAGAUUAAAUUUUGUGGGUGCAUCUUCAGUCCAAAGAUAUGGGUCAAGUUCUGACAUUACGUUCAGCUGUUAUUUCAAUAAAUCAUUAAUUGUUCACUUCAGUGAGAUCAAACCAAUGAUGGUAUUUACAAAGAUAAACAAUCCUGUACAACCUGGUACAAUAGACCUUUCAUUUGGAUUGUAUCAAAGCUCUGCAUACAGUGCAUUACUAAGUGGUAACCCUCCCGUUAUAUCAAGUUCCCAGUAUAUUUAUGCACAAAUUUCAGCUGGCCCAACUCCAUCUGAUAAUACGAUUUUGCAGGCAAUGUAUUGUUGGGCAACGCAGACCAGUGAUAGCAGUAGCAACACUAGGUACAACAUUCUACAAAAUGGGUGUCCUGUAGCAUCUUCAAGUCCAAAUGCAAACAUUGUAACCAUCAACUACAACUCCAGCAUUGCUCAAUUCCAGUUCCAAGCAUUUACAUGGGUUGGAGCGGCACCUGUAAACCAAACCAUUUAUGUUCACUGUCAGAUCUCUGUUUGUAUGAAGGGUGCAUCCACAUGCCCUCCAUUGGCUUGCUCAAAGAAGAGAAAAAGGAGAGGAAUAAGAAACAAUAAACUUCAUCUUUUAUCAUAUGGUCCUUUACUACUUGCCCCACCACAGGCAGAAUCUUGCGAAACGAACAAUGGAGGAUGUGAAGACAUAUGUUUCAUGCACAAAGGAAUGAAAACAUGUUCUUGUAGAGAAGGAAUGACUCUUGAUAAUGAUGGAGUUAGCUGUUAUCAACAAGAAGAACCAUGGAACUGGGAGAACCAUAGUACACCAUUGGUGAUAUUUGUUAUAAUGCUCAUUGCAUUGGUACUGUACAAAAGAAAGUAAUAUAACCAUUAUUGUUACAUCAUAAACAGCAUUAUUCUGGUGUUCUAUAUAUAUUCCUUAGAUUUUAAUAAAGAUUAAGAAAU